AUGUCACUUUUACGUUUUGUUCCCGAAUAUAAGGCACCAACGAAAGAAGCGAUAAGCAAAUUUCAAAAUGUUAUUGAAGGAUUCAAUAAGUUAAUUGUAAUGACUGGAGCUGGCAUAUCAACCGAAUCAGGUAUUCCAGAUUAUCGUUCAGAAAAAGUGGGUCAAUAUGCUCGAUCAAAUCAUCGACCUAUCGAACAUAGAGAUUUUAUGCAACAUGUGGAAUAUCGUAAGAGAUAUUGGUCGCGAAAUUUUGUUGCAUGGCCACGUUUUUGCGAAUCGAAGCCUAAUUUAAUUCAUGAAACUAUUGCUUCAUGGGAAAAGACGGAUAAAUUUGUUUGGUUAAUAACCCAGAAUGUUGAUGGGUUACAUACAAAAGCUGGCUCGAAAAUGUUAUCGGAAUUGCAUGGAUGUAAUAGGCAAGUUAAAUGUAUGAACUGCAGUGAACUUUAUCCAAGGGAAAUAGUGCAAGAAUGGAUCAAACAUGAUAAUCAAAACUGGUUGGUUACAGAAGUAGGAGAGUUGGCACCUGAUGGCGAUAUAGAAAUAUCUGAUGAAGCAAGUCAAAGUUUCAAACCACCGCAUUGUCCUAAAUGUGGUCCUGGUUCCAUACUUAAAACCGAUGUUGUAUUCUUCGGCGAUUGUGUUUCGUCAGAUGUGGUAGAAUUAUGUUAUGAUAAGGUGUUCGAGAGUGAUGGAAUGUUAAUACUUGGCUCUUCUUUGACAGUUAUGUCGGGCUAUCGAUUCGUUCUUCAAGCGCAUUCGUUACAAAUUCCUAUUAUUAUUGUCAAUAUCGGUCCCACGAGAGCAGAUGAUAUCGCUACUAUAAAGCUUUCUGCUAAAUGUUCUGAUAUCAUUAAAAAUAUACAAAUUCUUUCAUAA